AUGACAAUGAAUGACGACAUGAUUGAAAAUCAACACCAGACUGAAUCAAAACUUAAUAAUAAUAUAUUAGACAUUAUAUGUACACUUCAAGAAUGUAAUCCAUCAGAAAGUUUAAUUAUUCUACAAGCAUUUCUUCAUCUAAUCAAUAAACAAGAAUAUUCUAAUGAUUUUAUUCUAUAUGAACUAAAUCUUCUUAAACGUCUUUCUUUAUCAUCAUCAGUUUCAUAUAUUCCAUCUCUUUUUGACCUUCUUCAACAAUUUAUACCAACAUCCGAAUUAAUUUUGUCAUUCUGUACAAUUCGACAAUCUAUUGUGGAAUCAUUUAUUAAUCAAUUUCGUAAAGACACUCAAAAACAAAAAUGGGGUGGCAAUGGAGAUAAAAUUCAAUCACUAGGAUGUUUAUUAGAACAAUCAUUAAAACUUUAUGCUAGUAAUGAACCAUUAAUAAAAAAUUCAAAUCAUAUAUGGUAUGCCAUAGUUCUAAAUCUAUUCGAACCAUUAAUCGAUGAAUUAAAUGAAUACCUAAAAAGUAAACUCGAUAAACAACGACAACAAUAUUUAUCCUUAAGUCAUCUUGUUAAAUCCUUGGCGAGACUUUGUGAACAAUUAAGUAAAAUUGAUGAAAAAAAAAAUUGUAUGAUAAUUACUGAAUAUUUUUCGGAUAUCAUUCUUGCUGGUCUUCAUCAACGGAUAGAUUUGAUAUUAAGUAAAAAAAUGUUUGAUCAUUUUGAUUCAUUUGAUAAAUUAGAACAAUAUAAAUGUCCUAUAAGAAAUUCAAUAUUUUUUGUUCAUCCUGAUAUAAAAAAAUUAAUUAUAUUUUUGGACGAUGCAAAAAUAUCCAAAAAUUCAUCUAAUCUAAUAAAGAAAUGUAAUAAAACAUUUGAACAACUACUUGACAAAGCUUCUCAGAUCUUUCAUUGUUAUCCUUCGUCCAUAUCUCUUGAACAUUGUAUUUGUAUUAUAUCAUCUUUGUCAAGCAUUGAAAUAUUAUUUCGUUAUGAUCAAUUUCACUAUUUUUUAUAUAAUUUUUGUCAAUUUAUGUUAUCCUAUUGGCAAAUCAAUCUAUUACAUGACUGUGAUGCUAAUAAUUGGCUAAAUACAAAAGCCUAUUUAGAAAAUAAACGUUAUUCAGUCUAUAUCGAUACAUUAUUUCAUCAUUUUAAUCGUUUGCAUUUAUAUUUAAAACGAUAUUGUCCAAAUUUACUUUCAAUCAUAAUUCCAUAUCUACUAUUGGAAUUAAUGAAUUUUAUCUAUCAGCGUUAUGCAUCAAUUAAAAUAUCUUACGCAAGACAAAGUCAAUAUAAAAAUGAUCUUCUUGCUUUUCUUGUACAUUCAAGUCAAUAUGCUCAUUACUUUAUUAAUAAUAAAAGUUCAAUUCAAGAAUGUUUAUUAUUUAAUUUUGAUAAUGCUGAAUCAAAGUUUAUCGAACAUGGUAAUAAAAUUUUAGCAGCUAUUGUACUUGUUACUUGUCCAUGUGAUAUUCUGUAUGAACAACUACAAAAUAUUGUUCAUCGAUCAGCAAAAUUAUUACCGAAAUUAAAUUGGCUAGCCAUUAUUCGACCUGAUUGGUUUGAUGUUGAUUAUCAAAUGCGAUCGCAAGUGCAAACAUUUCUAACUCUAGCAAAUAUUGUUUCAACGCAACAAAAUAGUUUUCCUAUUGAUAAACUAGUAACAUUCGUUAUUGAAAAUUUCGAAUUAGAUACCUAUGGAUCGGGUAUGGCUCAUUUGAUUAUGGAAAAUGAACGAUGGGAUUUAAUUCAUCUAUUUGCUAAAUAUGAACAUGAUUGGUCGUUUUUCAAUAAUCAAUCAGGCAAAUUACCCCGAUGGUUAUCUACAUUCAUGGAAUAUUCCGAAGAAUAUUUUACUAAAUGUUGUUCUAUAUGUGCAAGCGAAAAAGAAAUUGAAUGGCGUUUGAAAAUUCAACAAAAAAUUGGCUCUGAACAACGAUAUGAUGAAAAAUUAAAUUAUUUAAAAUCACUUCAACAUUAUAUUACAAAUAUUCCCUUCUAUCUUUACCAUUUACUUUGUGCAAUAAUACAAUAUCAACCACAGUUGAACAAACGACUAAUUUUUGUUCGUUUACUUUACAAUUAUAUGAUCGAUCAUACAAUAAAUCGUGCCAAUGUUUAUUAUUCAUUCUUAACAAGUAAAUAA